UUUAAUUUUUCUUUCUUGCCCGGGUUUUUAUUUUAUUUACACAAAAUUUACAAAUUCAAUUGAUACAAUAGAUACUAUCUCAUAGAAUGAAACAAUGAAUUUAACAAGGAAACAAGAAUGGAAUGUAAUGCGCAGGUCAUAAAUUAUUGAUUCGAAUGUCCUUCUUCAUCAACUUCUUAUCAGUAGUUUAGCAGAAGAGAGUGUUUCAACAUCUGAGACGAAAAUCGCACAAUAAUCAUCAUCAUCAUCGAUUGCUAAAGAAUUUUGUUUAAAAAAAAAAAAUAAUAUAAAAUAAUUUAUACAAAUUUUAAUUUUAAAAAAUGAAAGCCCAUUUUGCAACCGACGAAGGUGGUGAAACCGAAACUGAACCCUUUGAGGUUCAAAUCGAUAAGUUUAAAAAUGACUCAGAAAAAAUGGAGGUGCUGUCGAAAUUUAUUGAAGAUGUCAUCAAAACUGCAGAGAUUGAAGCUCAACAAAAGAAAUCAGAAGAUUUGCAACAGACAUCUGGAAAAGAAAAAACAGGUACCCAAAGUUUCACGAUAGGCGGCCUAAAAAAUGUAAAAGUAAACAGGGCCAAAGGAUUUGUGGUCCGUUUGUUCGAUGCUAUUUGUAAUUGUGCAAAUUCGGCAGCGGCUCCAGCUCAAAGAAUGCGCCGCAAAAGAUCUUCCCAACCUAAGUAAAUCAAGUCGAUCUACAACGACUACAUACAGCACAAUCGACAAUUUAAUCAACAAUUUAACACUACAAAUAAAAAAGCUGCAGCAAUUGAAGAGGAAUAUUUAAAAUUUAAAAAUGAAAAAAAAGAAACAAUCAAAAAGUAAGUGAAUAGGAAUUUUUAAAUACAUCGUUCUUCGCUUUAAAAACAGUGGAGUACAAACAGUCUUAAGUCGGAAAAAAAACAACAAUUUAAAUGUGAAAAAAGUUGUGUUUUUUUUUCUUAGUAAAAAAAAGACUUAAUUUUGUCUUAUGUCUCUUUGCAUUUGAAGCAACGACACAUGUUGUAUGUAAAACUUACAGGUUUUUCUAUUUACUGUAGAUGUUUAAUUAUUCUUUUAUUUUCUUCUGGCGCUUGUCGCAACAAUUUACAAGGUCUUAACUGCACAAGCUCUUUAUUAUUACUUAUAUACUUUUUAUAUUUAUAAAUAAAAAAACAAAAAACAAAACUUACCCUAUAAGUUUUAUUUUUUUCUAUAAAUGCAUUUAAUGCAACAAAGAACCAGAGAUAAAAAAAUAUUGAACUCUUCCCACCAUUUUCAAUGUUAAGAUUAAGUUUCACUAAAUCUAAUGAUAGUUUAAAAAAAAAAAAUAAAUUAAUCAAUUUGUAUAAUAUAAAACACAAUAAUUAUAUGUAUGUUUAUGGCUGUCCAUUCCAAAAAAAAGUAAGGCAUAGUAAAAAAAAAAAAAUACUAGUUUUUUUGUACUGUGAUCUACUAAAACUUUUGCUUUUUCUUUAGUGUUUAGUUAUGUAAUUUGUGUACAAAUGUGAAAUCAAUGUAGAAUUAACUUGAAAG